GUCCGCUGUCCGAGUAAUAGUUGCCUGUGUCUUUGUAUUUUGUCUUCGUGUCCUUUUUUAUUUAAUCGAAUAUCAUUUUAUUUGUAGAUAAUGUAUUAAAUACACUUGCGAAUUAUCAAUCAUACACAGUGGCUGCUUUCAUUUCUACUAUGAUUCCAACAUAGGCCCCAUUUGGCAUUUAUGUGGCAUAGUUCACGAAGUUUGGAGUAGGCGAACUGAAUGAAAAUGGUCGAGUGGUAACUUCUCGAUUAUACAGUAUAUUUGGCAGUAUCGCUAACCAGAAGAUAUGGAUCCCUCAAUGUUCUUGCAAUACUCGCCGCCCAAUGGGCUGCCCCAGGAGUCAAAGCUGGCUACCUACAUGAACCACUCCACAUCAACUCCAACGAGAAGCCUGAACCAGGCAAUGGGUAAAUUGAGCUUGGAGUCUUCACCAACUUCCAUGAAGAAGCAGGUUGUAAUUGGGGAGUUUGUGCCAAUCAACUACUACCCGGCAAACAUGCUGCCAGAAUCCCCAGAGAGUUCUCCGCCUGCCAACUUGCCUACAGUUGCUACUAAUCCUCAAGUACACCAGGAAAAUGUUGGUGGCACAACUUACUUCUACUCCACAAAUGACAGUAUCAACACUUCUGGGGCACUCAGCUCAUCAGCUUCCCUAGGUGCAGAGGUAUGCAUGGGUGUGGCGGGAGUGUCAGCGUAUGCCACACAAAUGUAUGCCACUCCACCAGCUAUAAUGGGGCCGUCAUCUUCAAAACAAGGUCUGGCAGCUUCAUUUUACAUGCCAGAGACUAUAAGGUCAGAAAUAUAUCAGCGAAAUGAUGAUAUCUACUUGCAGCCUGAUCUCCGACAAUAUCCAGAUCUCCCGGAAAACGUGGAAAUGUACUCCGACUUGGUGCCUCUGGAGAGCGCCGCGCCUCACGCCAUGUCGACAUGUUUCCGCGCCAACCACAGACAGAGCGGCAACAGUUUCGCCAUGCGACGGAUCCACUCGUACGCCCUCGUGCCGUCCAAACGUAUCGAUCUGUGGAAACAGAUUGACCAUCCCAACAUCAUUCGUCUCCACGAAUACUUCACGACCAACGCUUUCGGUGAUCACUCAAUGAUACUGGUAUAUGACUACCACCCGGCUUGCGCUACGCUGAUGAGCAAAUACCUCUCCGGCGCUACCAGUGGCACAGUGUCGGACUCUAACAGCGGGUACCUGGAUCCGUUCUCGUCCGAUCCUGAUGCUCCAAGACCUUAUACUCAUCAGAAAAACGCGAUGCUGCGAGCGGUGGCUUGCGGUGCGUUACUGCCGGAAGCGGUGGUAUGGAGCGUCAUUGUGCAGUUGACGGCGGCGCUGCGGGUUAUACAUGGGGCGGGACUCGCUUGCAGGUCCUUGGAUCCAACGAAGGUGGUAAUGAACGGGUGCCGCGUGCGCAUCUCUUGGUGCGGCAUCGCGGAUAUCACACAUCCCAACAACAACGACAUGGCGCAGGCGCAGCAGGACGACCUGACAGCGCUGGGUCGCCUGGCGUUAUCGCUCGCCUGUCGCACGGUCCACUGCGACAACCUGCCCGCUUCCAUGGACCUCAUCUCCAGGACAUACUCCGCGGACCUCAAGAACCUCAUACUUUACUUGCUAUCCGCACCGACCCGCCGAUCUGUUGCUGAUCUCAUGCCGAUGAUUGGAGCGCGAUUCUAUACUCAGGUGGAAGCUUUGGAGCGACGUGCUGACGCAUUCGAAGACCAGCUCGCGGUGGAAAUCGACAACGGUCGACUGCUGCGGCUACUCAUUAAGCUGGGAAUCGUUAAUGAACGACCUGAGUUGAACAUGGACACGUCAUGGUCGGAAACGGGCGACCGGUACAUGUUGAAGCUAUUCCGGGACUACCUGUUCCACUCCGUCACCGAGGACGGCCGGCCGUGGCUGGACCAGGCGCACUUGACGCACUGCCUCAACCAGCUAGACGGCGGAAGUAACGCUAAGGUGGAGUUGAUGUCGCGGGACGAACAGAGCGUGCUUGUCGUGUCGUACGCGGAACUGAAGCACUGUCUCGAGCAGGCGUUCGACGAAGUGAUGGCCGCAGCCAACACACCCUAAGCACACACACAUAAGAGUGUCGCCAGGAGGGCAUAAUAGGGCAGUCUGACCUGUCCUACCUUUAGCGACGCUCUAGCAAACACACAUCUCAGGGGCAAUUAUUUCAUUUAAAUUUGCAACGUCUCCAAGGUUUCAGUGUCAAACACAUUCUACAAAGAUUGAUACAUGUGUGGGUGCAUGAGCGCUGACAUUAGGACUUUGCUGCGAAUUAGAAAUUAAUAUGAGAAAAAGGCUCCUAUGCACACCAGCUAUCCGUCGAUAUAUCCGAUAAAUGCCGUCGAAUGCGUACCCUGAGUAGCUGAUGUGAAGGGGACUCAACAUGUUUACACAAACAAAUACACGUUCACACUCAUGAUUGUGUAUUAAAUGAUGUUACAUACAAGACAAUCACAUACAACAUCACAAUGAUGUAUGUCCAUAUGUGGCCUGAUCUAUGAUUCUAUAUGUUUUGAAUCGAGUUCAGAUAUUAUUUACUGUCUACAUUUUAUUACAUUGUAUAAUGUAUACACCGCAAUGCCAAUGGAUUUCGGCAAGCAUCGUUUUUAUAAUGUAAUGUAUGAAUUGACAAUUCAAGUUUUUUUUCUUUUUUUUAAUGGCUUUGUAGUAAGUCGCGAAUGAGUGGUCGACAAAAGCUCUGCUAAGUAUUUUAUUUCUGUAGAAAAACGAAGUUUGUUGAGAUCUUUUAGCAUUUUACUGUAGGUAUGUAUAAAUUAUAUUUAUAAUAUUUUUAUUUACCCAAAAAUUUUGUCGUUCAAUUGAGAAUUAGGUGAUUGAAUAGUUUUAGGUGUUUUGUCCAUAGACAAAGAGUCAUUUUGUUUAACGAUCACUGAGAUAAAAAGAAGUGCUACGUAAUCCAGAAGUGGUAUAAUUUCCUUAACACGUCACUUUCCUUGGCAAAAGGGAAGAGAGUAAUUUUAUAAUUUAGUCAAAAAAAACUUUCAGGAAAACAGAUACUUUUGUAGGAAGACAAGGUUGUUUUGGCGCUCUCUCUUUCAUUUCUCUUUUUCAUUUUAAAAUGAUACCAGGAUAAUUCACAAUGCUGACUCGGAUUCGGAAACUUUAUCGCGCGACAUCCAAUAAACGCUCGGUGCGCUAGGCAUUGGCCAAUGACCGCACGGUAAAGUUUCCGAAUCCGUGUCGAACGGGAAUCGUGAAUCU